AUGAACUGGCACCUGAUAGUUUCAGCACUUAUUGUAGUGGUGAUAAAGGUAAUCGGGACAACCUUUUUCCUGCUUUAUUUUCCACAGAUUUUUGGUGAAGGUGAUGUCAACUUCACCCCCACAGGAAGCUCUGGAACAGUCACAGAGAUCUUUGGGACCAGUGACACCAGUGUCAUGCCUACAGAGAGCUCUGGAACAGUCUGUCCCAGAGGCUGGGAUUUUUUUCAAGGAUCAUGUUUUUACUUCUCAUCCUAUGAGUUACCUUGGAACAAAAGCAGGGAAUUUUGCGAAGCACAAGAAUCCACUCUGGCCAUUGUCAACACGCCAAACAAACUGAGGUUUCUCCAGAACAUUGCUGCUGAUGAGAGGUAUUUUAUUGGCUUACAAUACCAGCGUGCACAGAAUCGGUGGCGUUGGAUCAACAAUUCCAUAUUCAAUGGCAAUGUCACCAUUAUAGAUCCGAGUUUCAACUGUGUGAGCAUAGGUUUAUCAGAUACAUAUGAUGCAGCCUCCUGUGACAUCAAUCACCUAUGGAUCUGUGAGAAGAAGGCCAAAAUGAGUGAAGUUCUGUGGCCUCUGAAUAGACGCACUUAUGAAAAUAUAUAUAUAUAA